GUUAGCUAAUUUAAUAGGAAGAGAGGGCACAGCAUACCUUACGACCUCUGCUUCAUCACCUUUUCUUCUCCAGCUUUGUCUUUGCUCAUGUUCAGCUGGUUCAUCAGGCUUCAAGCUGACAAAUUCGCUGGGUAUGUUUUCUACGGCUCCAAUUUGAUUAUAGCUGGGAAGCAAAGCAUGAUGAACUGUGGUUCGAGCAGCAAGACCAUGUCGACGGCAUCGUCGCAGUGCCUUUGGCGUGGCAAAAGCAUGAUGGAUACUACUUCUCCGGAGCCCUUUCAUUCCUGUCCGAGAGCCAAAAGCAUCGGUGCGCAUAUGAACGGCGGCGAUCAGUCUGUUCAGUUCGGCAAAGAACCAUGCAUCCUCUUCCUGCCAGAUGGAAAUGGAGGAACUGAGAGUUCGCAUACUCAGAAUGGGGCCGCCAUGUCACUGUUGAAGACAAGUGAAAGCUUCUCACCGCUCCAUCAUUUUGGACAGUCCAAGGCUCCCAUAUCAUGCGCCCAUUCAGAUCCAUACUAUAGAGUUGACCCGGUUUAUGACCCCAAUCCAAUGGCUUACCCCCAUAGUCUCGGAGUCCAAGAGAGGAUGGUGUUGCCAUUAGAAAUGGCAGAGGAACCUGUCUAUGUCAAUGCCAAGCAGUACCACGGCAUUCUGAGGCGCCGGAAACUGCGCGCCAAGGCCGAGCUCGAAAACAAAGUUCUCAAAGUUCGAAAGCCGUAUCUCCACGAGUCUCGGCAUUUGCACGCGAUGAGAAGGGCGAGAGGGUGCGGAGGCCGUUUCCUCAACACUAAAAAGCUCGGCCAAAACUCUUCAAACUCAAAGAGCCAAACGAAAGCCGACGAUGCAUGGGGCAACGGUAGUGACGGCGGAACGUCUAAUAAGGAGACGCCGCAGAAGGAUCAGACUUACAUCGGCGUGAACGGGAUCGGUGACUCGACGUCGAGCCGCCAUCGCCGUCCGGCCUUGAAGUUCGACUACACUUCGUUCUGAUACCUUGAGGAGAUGGUCACGCAUUUGGCAGGCAAAUCAUUCUUGGCUCUUGGCUGUUGCUGCAGCCACUUUUGUUACAUUCGCUGUACUGUUCUAUAAUCACUUGAACCAAGCGUUAUUAGUUUGACGUUAGAGAAUGUGAUUUUUGUAUGAGUUUGAUUUCACUACGUAAAACCCUGAUUUCUGUAAAUGUUUUGUCAACGCAAAAUCAUCAAAUCAU